AUGAGACCCUUUGCUGAAAUUAUCAAUACCGCUCGAGAAAGAGAAAUAGAGCUAAAGAAACAAAUUGAAAGGGGUGAAAGAAGGGCGCAAGAGGUUAAUCCAAGCCCUACGAAAAAGGCACGCACGACUGACUCAUCGAAAAAGCAAGAGGGAAAGAGCAGCACGCCAAGUUGUAAAGUAUGCGGGAAAGGGCACAAGGGCGAGUGCCGGUUUAAGGACAGGCCAUGUCCUAUAUGUGGGAAGACCGGGCACACGGCUGCGUUAUGCCCGGGGAAAGUGUCGGUGUGUUACAAAUGUUAUCAGCCGGGUCACAAGAAAUCUGAGUGCCCGGAGUUGAUCGGAAAGAAGGAUGACAAGAAUACACAUACUGAGACACCAAAGGCAAAAGCGAGAUCCUUCCAGUUAACAGCAGCAAAGGCGAAAACGGAGCCCGAUGUGGUCUCAGUAUUGACGAUGAGGAAUAUGGGAGAAUUCCAAGUAGUGGUCGGGAUGGAUUGGCUAUCCCGACACCAUGCGAAAGUCGUAUGUUUCCGCAAGGAGAUAAAAUUAACAUCUCCAAGUGGGAAAUCAGUUACCGUACAUGGCGAGAAAGAGGGUAAACCCAUUAUGUGCUCAAUGAUAAAAGCUUACAAGCUCAUGUGGCACGGUUGUAGGGCAUUCAUGAUAUACGCAAACGAACCAGACAAGGGAUCACUAAGGAUUGAAGACGUACCGGUGGUACGCGAAUAUGCUGACGUGUUUCCGGAAGAUCUACCGGGAAUACUGCCAGAACGGGAGUCAUAG